AUGUUGAAAAGUAUUUAUCAAUGUGAGGAAGGAAACUAUAUACAUUGCUAUACCUGUACUUCAAAAUACAUAUUUAUUGUUGAAUCAGCAUUGAGUUCACCGUAUGAUAUUUUUUUAAAAUUUUCCAAGAUCGAUGAAGUUGCUGCCAAUGUCAAAACGUUAAACUAUCCAAUAUUAUUUAACAGGAAGACAUUAGCAGUAGAUGAUAGCACUCCUAGAGUUCAGUCAAUAAAAAUUGUUAAUGUUCCAAAAUUUGUAGAAGGGAAAUUGAUUAUUGACAAUUAUUUGGUACUAACCUCUACUAAUGGUAUACAGAUUUGUUCAGUCGAUGAUAUUAUUGAUUAUCAAAAUUCCAAUUCUAAUACUAAGAUUCAUAAGUGGGAUCACUCUAGGAGGAAUGACUAUAUUACAUCAUCUUAUUCUCAAGGAUACAAGGAAGAUUCUAUAUUAGUGACUUAUGGUACAAUAUUAGGGGACCUUGUUCAAUUCAAAUAUAAUAUUGUGGAUGGGAAAUUUAGCAAAAUGAUUCUUAGCAGCACACUUUUAUCAGUAAAGGAAAAUCUUAUGGAUUCCGUUACAAAUAUUAGUGGUAUCCAACUAGGUUCUAACUUCCCAGGAGAAGAAGAUGAAAUACUAUGGUCUUGUCAGUCUUCAAGUAAAAUGAUGACCAUUACAAGCUUAGAUGAUAAUAUAUUCAUAAUAAAUGAAGGAAAAAUGAAAUCAUUAAAUUUAGAUGAAAUCGAGACUUACGGAUUAGGUCCAGAUGAAGUUCCUGCGUUAAAUUGGGGCAGUUUCCUCGUUACUGAAGAUGAAAAUAAAAAGUUACAAGAAUACAUCUUAUUAAAUGUCACAAACGUCGGUAGUAUACUUUACCAAAAAGACGAAACCAAAAGAUGGAAGAAACUUGACGUAUUUGAUAGAGAUUUCAGCCAGAAUGAAACCUCAAUAUUCGAUUGCAUAAUUUGUAAAUCUGAUAUCAAUUCUGAUAUAACAAUUAUUAGUGGCAGUGAAAAUGGUAUCCUGUAUAUUUGGGAAUAUGACCCAAAGAGAAGUACAGUAAACAAAUACAAACAGAUUAAAUGUUCCAAUUCAUCAGUGGUGUAUCAAUUGUCUGUGACAAAAGAAGGUCGUUUAUUUUUAGUUGAUAAUGAUAGUACUUGCGUUAAAUCCCUGAAACUGUCCCAAAUUUCCUCAUCUUAG